AUAUGCAAAGGCUUACUUCAUAUUAAUGAGCACCAAUCGCGGCUUUAAGUCCUUGAUUAGAAGUGUGCAGCAGCUCUUGGUCCCAGCCGAGUAUGCCUAUAGGCUUGUCACCGGGAGAACGCUUGUGCUAAUUGCAGCGCUCAGUCACAAAAAAAGGGAGCGCGGUGAAAAGGGAGAGAGAGAGAGAGACACAGUGAGAAGGACAGAGAGAGGAAGAGAGGGAGAGAGAGAGAGGAAGGGGAAAAAAACUUUGAUUUAUAGAGGGGUUUGCACAAAUUAUGGUGCCAGAGCGCACAUGGAUUCGGUAGAAGUUUCACUGCCCGAGUGUUUUCCUCUGCACUCUGAUCAAGAGUAGAAUGAAUUUAUCAAAGGCACAAGUUAAUAGCGAAGAUAAGUACGGCAAAUGCGCAGCGUGGAGAAUGCCCCAACAUUACGACCUCGAGGCCAGUCACGUGCGCGACGCGCAUGCUCUGUAUAACCAAAGGCUCCUCUGCAGAAUGUCAAGCAAGGACCGCCACAUUGAGUCCAGCUGCCCGUCCUACAUCAAGACAGAGCCAUCCAGCCCGGCAUCCCUGACCGACAGCAUCAACCACCACAGCCCCGGCGGCUCCUCGGACGCCAGCGGCAGCUACAGCUCCACCAUGAACGGCCACCAGAACGGCCUGGACUCGCCCACCCUCUACGGGCCGGCCGGCGGCCUGGGCCCCAACGCCGCGGCCGCCGCCGCCGCUGCAGCCAAGCGCUACGAGGACUGCUCCAGCACCAUCACCGAGGACUCGCAGAUCAAGUGCGAGUACAUGCUCAACUCCAUGCCCAAGCGCCUGUGCCUGGUGUGCGGCGACAUCGCCUCGGGCUACCACUACGGUGUGGCCUCCUGUGAGGCCUGCAAGGCCUUCUUCAAGAGGACCAUCCAAGGCCUCCACACAGGGAACAUCGAGUACAGCUGCCCUGCCACGAACGAAUGUGAGAUCACCAAACGCAGACGGAAGUCAUGCCAAGCCUGCCGCUUCAUGAAGUGUCUAACGGUCGGCAUGAUGAGAGAAGGUGUGCGGCUGGACAGAGUGCGUGGAGGCAGACAGAAGUACAAGCGCCGGAUAGAUGCGGAGAACAGCCCUUACCUGAACCCCCAGCUGGCCCUGCCACCCAAAAAGCCAUUUCCCUUUGGCUGCCUUGCAGAUAACAAGAUAGUGUCCCACCUGCUCGUGGCCGAGCCCGAGAAGAUCUACGCCAUGCCCGACCCCACCGUGCCGGACAGCGACAUCAAAGCCCUCACCACACUCUGUGACCUCGCCGACCGCGAGCUGGUGGUCAACAUCGGCUGGGCCAAACACAUCCCAGGCUUCUCCACGCUCUCCCUCGCAGACCAGAUGAGUCUACUGCAGAGCGCAUGGAUGGAGAUCCUGAUCCUGCGUGUGGUCUACCGGUCGCUCUCCUUCGAGGACAAGCUGGUCUACGCCGAAGACUACAUCAUGGACGAGGACCAGUCCAAGCUGGCCGGCCUGCUGGACCUCAACAACACCAUCCUGCAGCUGGUGAAGAAGUACCGCACCAUGAAGCUGGAGAAGGAGGAGUUCGUCACCCUCAAGGCUAUAGCUCUCGCUAACUCAGACUCCAUGCACAUAGAGGACGUGGAGGCGGUGCAGAAGCUGCAGGAUGUGCUGCACGAGGCGCUGCAGGACUUCGAGGCGAGCCAGCACAGCGAGGACCCGCGCCGGGCCGGCAAGCUGCUCAUGACCCUGCCUCUGCUCCGGCAGACCUCCACCAAGGCCGUGCAGCACUUCUACAGCAUCAAACAAGACGGCAAAGUCCCUAUGCACAAACUCUUCCUGGAGCUGCUGGAGGCCAAGGUGUGACUCCGCCCUCCCCCAGCUGCAGGCCCCUCCCCCAGCCACGAGAGAGGUGGGAGGGACUCGUCCCAGACUCCACCCCCUGUCCCCCCCCCCUGCCACCGGGGCAGAUGGUACAGCCCCACCACCGGUGGGACCUUUGUCUAUAAACUGUAAUGAAUAAUGACAAGAAGCAUAACCCUAAACGGUACUCUUAACUAUUGAUGAUGACUAUACUUAUAAGAAUGACUUUAAAAAUGUGAUCACUGAGAGAGAAAAAAAAGAAUUAAAAUGAAAAACGAAUGAAAAACACACAAACAAAACAAAAACAAAGAGACAAAGAGACUGCUCGAGUUGUUUAGCAGUGGGACUUUGAACCAACUUUCAACUUCUCAGAUUCUAAUGCAGUUUUUUGUGCUAUGGAGACAUUUUGUUGUUGAUUUUCACAAAGAUUUCUGGAGCCGUGAAGAGAGCUGCCCUGCCAAAGGAUUGAGGUCCACCCAGUGGACGCGUGCAAACAUCAACAUCCACCCAGUACCCCCCCACACACCCCCCACCCAACCCCCAACGACGCGAGAGUGGACUAGACCCGCUUCUCACAGUAACACCCGUCGCUGUCUAUUUACAGAGUGCAGUAUUAACACUAAUGUCAUUGGAGAGGUUCAAUAAGUGGUAGCCAAACUGAGAUUUCGUUGAUUUUGUUUUAGAAUGCUGCUCAUCGUGUGUUUCAUUUUCUUUUUUUUUUCUCAGAUAUAGAUCUGUUGCAACCAUGUUGAUUCCUGGAUCGUUUUUAUCCCCCAAGUCUUCCAAAAUAAUUCAGACACUUUUAGCGAUUUUAUUCUUUUUGUUUUCAGGGAAUAUAGCCUAAAAUGUAUUCACUCAUGAAAUACGACACCUGAGGCACUGCAAUCAACAAAGAACAGACUAACUUAUUUAUUAUAAUUUUAGUUUAUUUUCUCCUGUUUUUAUUAUAAUAGUGGGUGUAAAUAUAUUAUAGGAUUAUCAUGCAAGGUUUUGUUUAUAUUGUGUUAAUAAUUGUCCAUAUAUGAUUUUUCUAUGAGCUUUACCACUUGCAGCGAUAACAAAUGACUUGUGAAAACUGCUAUUUUCUCCAAGCAAUAGACGUUUAAAUGAAGGUGCAUAUGUAUGCAAGUUCUGUUUGUCCCAGUUUGUGAGGAAUGUCUCAUGGUUCCAGAAGCCUCUCCUGUUCUGUCUGUCCUUGCUAGUACUGUCUUAUGAUUAAUUCCACUACAAAGUGAGAUAGGCCAUACUCGUAGAGAGGAGAACAUACACACCUUUUCCCUUUGUUUACCAGAAGUAUCAUCGCAAACAAAGAAUCAAACAAACAAACAACCACAAAACAACAGCUUUUGCCGUCCAAACUCACCGGGAAUCUAAAUCCAGAGAUAUCAAAUCAAAAUAGCACUUAGGGGAAAAAUUAACUCAACCUAGUGUGGAGAAACGCUUUUAUUCCAGCUUGGUCUUAUUACCAUCCACUGCAACAGAGAGGGAUACCAGCAUUGGUUGAGAGACUCCGUGUAGCAAAACUAGUCCAAAAUGUCAACUUUGUACAGUUAAAAGGCUGAGGGACAAGGCAAGUAGACUCCAUCAUCCAUUAGAGCAAACCAGGCCGUAUUUGCAAAUGGGUUUUCUCCUGAACCUUCAUAAACAUUGUAUAUUGUAAAUUAACAGAUUAUAAAUCUAACCUAAGACAUUUUAUUGGAACAAAAAGAAAAAGAAAAAAAAAAGAAAAAAAUGUAGAUCAGCUUCUUGAUGUUUCAUGUCUGCUGUGUUUUUCUUUUUCCCAAAAAAAAUAUUUUAUUUCCUUUUUGCUUCCCUUCUGUUAAAUUCAAAGAUGUUGUUGUGUACUUCUCGUGGUGAUUGCAGUAGUCGUGGCGUAUGCUUUUUUUAGACACAGGGUAGAGGUAGAGACAAUACUGGAUGUAAGAACCCUCAGGAGACCAUGGCGGCACGUUCUCAAAUAACUUUCUGGUAAAAGACUCUUCCUAGGUACUGCUAGAUCAACAGAUCCAAGAUCAAUAUAAUCUAUACCGAUGUAUAAGUGAAUAACAGUUAUUUAAAGGAAGGAACAAACAUAUAUAAAAAGGGAUAAUUUGUGUAACUCUUUCUUGUAGACUAACAAUGUAUAUCUUAGGUUAAAAGGAAAAAAGCAUUUGAGUACUGCAGACCAGUAGCAGAAUUUUUUAACAAACUCGCUGUACAUAAGGCCCUCCCUUCUAAACAACUCGGUUGUUAUAUUAACUUUACUCUUUGAGAUUGCAAAGGGAAAAAUACCUUUUUUUUCUCUUUUGUUUUUGGUGUAAACCAAUUUCCAAACUUAUCGCUUUAAAAACUUUGUGUGCUUAAUAAAAUGAAGAAAAACAAUAAUGAAAAAAACAGAUCAUUUUUCAAGUACACCGGGCUUGGGCGGAGGGAGGGUUGUGGGUUUUUGAUUUCAUUUUUCUUCAGUCUUGUUCUCUAAAUGCUGUGUAUCUAUCAUUAGCUAUACAGAACUAUAAAUAGAUAGUGGUUGGGGAGAGGUAUCUGUAAUGUGAUUCUAGACCUAAUCAUCCAUAGAAACCCAUGAGAUGGUCGAUACCUGGAGGGCUCCUACCGAUUGGGCGAAAUGUUGGCAAUAUUUACAUACACAACUCCUGGCUGAAAGGUGCUGAUUUUACUUUUGUCUUUUUUUAUUUCUUUAUAUUUUUCUGUCUUUAUGAUAUGAUAUUUAAAAACAACAUAUACCAGACAUUUAAGGGGAUGAAAGAUAGAACAUUGUGUCUCUCAACAGCGAUUUAAGCUGAAUUCAAUUUGAACUGUACUGUAGUUUAGGAGACAAAAGCAAUUGAAGAUUUUGAUCCUUCAAAGCCACAUAAUGUCCUCGAAUAUUGCAGCCAGCAGUCUCAACCUGCUUCAAACUAUCUCCAUCCUCGGAGGCACCAAUUUGUCAUGUAUACUUGAGGACAAUGCAGUUACCAUAAGCGCAACACAUAGCAUACUGAACAAAAUUUUUUUGUAAAAAGUUGUCACCAUAUAUAUAUAUUGUUGGACAGCAUUACAACUCUUAUCAGCUUAAAUCAUUCUGAGAAGGUUUCGCUAUGUGUCUUUCAACACCUUACUCACGUAUACCAAUAUAGAAAGACGUUUAAAAGUAGAGUAGCCAUACCUACAAUUUUUUCCAACAUAUUUUCUUAUUUAAAGCAGUAUGACUGUGCAACCACCAGCAGUUGCACCUCAUGUUUCAAUUAGAUCAAAAUGCAGUAUUUAACUGGAGUAUUUUGCAAUUAAGAAAUAGUAGGAUUAAUGAAAAAUGUACAAAAACAACUGCUAUUUUUUAUUAUAGAAGAGGUGAAGGGUGUCGGUGGUUCUUCUGUAUGCACCAGUAUGUCUGUCUGCUGAGCUGGAAGGCGUUCAGAGCAGAAUGACAUGCCUCUUUGGGAGAUACCGAGAGAAAGAGAGAGACAGAUAGAGAGAGAGAGAAAGAGCGAGAGGGCAAGAUGAAGAGGUGAAACAAGAAAAAGGAAAGCAUUUUCAACGCUUAAAAAAUACAAUUAAAAUAAUAAUAAUAAUAAUAAUAAUAAUAAUAAUAAUAAUGACAAUAACAAUGAAAUUUCCAACCAGGAGUUGCUGAAACAGCCCGUAGUGAGAACCAUGUGUGUAGUUCUAGAUGUGUUCCACAUCUGUAAAACGAUUAACUGUAUAUUUUUGUGAUGUGUAUCAUGCGGUGUGCUCCAGCAAUAUGUCCAUUUGUGUAAAUGUAUUUAUUUUACAUUGUAUAUAUUGUUCAAUGCAAAAAGAGAGACCUAUGGUUCUGUAACUACGAUCAGUUCAGAUGUGUAACUCCAAUUAUGCCUUUCAGGAUGAUGGUAGAGCAAUAUUAAACAUGCUUCCAGUUUUGA